UAUCCUCAAUUCCUCACUAUAUAUCAUAGCCUACCUGGAGAACACUGUCUUGAGACAGAACCAGAAAGCAUGGUGAACAUGGAAGUCCAAACUCAUGCAUCACCUCCUCGUGAAACACAACCACUUAGCCCCUCCCUCAAAAGAACUCUCCUUAUAAUCAACUGCAUAGUUCUCUCUAUCGGAAACUGCGGUGGUCCACUCAUCAUGCGCCUCUAUUUCAUCCACGGAGGCAAAAGAAUCUGGCUCUCAAGCUUUCUCGAAACCGCUGGCUGGCCAUUUAUUCUCAUCAUUCUCCUCGUCGCCUUCUACUACCAGCGCAUCACUACUGGAAACUCCAGCCCCAAGCUCUUCAACAUGAAACCGCGCUUGUUCUUCGCCUCUGCUGUCAUUGGAAUCCUCACCGGUCUCGAUGAUUACCUUUAUGCUUAUGGUGUAUCGAAACUACCUGUCUCCACUUCAGCAAUAGUUAUUGCCUCACAACUUGGAUUCACAGCAGGUUUUGCUUAUUUACUGGUGAAGCAAAAAUUCACUUCGUUUUCGAUAAAUGCCGUUGUUCUGUUAACAAUCGGAUCGGGAGUGCUGGCUCUACACACGAGUAGCGAUAGACCAGAAGGAGAGUCGAAAAGAGAAUAUAUAUUAGGAUUUGUUCUGACGCUUGGAGCCGCGGCCUUGUACGGAUUUAUACUGCCGUUAAUAGAGUUGACGUAUCUGAAGGCAAAGCAGGUGAUUGAUUACAUGUUGGUGAUGGAGAUUCAAAUGGUCAUGUGUUUGUUCGCGACUCUUUUUUGCACUGUGGGGAUGCUUAUCAACAAUGACUUCCAGGCAAUUGCAAAAGAAGCCAAACACUUUGAACUAGGAGAGACCAAGUACUUUGUAGUACUGGUUUGCAGUGGAAUGAUAUGGCAGUGUUUCUUUUUAGGAGCCAUCGGAGUUAUUUUCUGUGCUUCAUCUUUGUUAUCCGGCAUUAUUAUAGCUGUUCUACUUCCCGUUACAGAAGUCUUGGCCGUUAUUUUUUACCAAGAGAAAUUUCAGGCAGAGAAAGGAGUUGCGCUCGUUCUUUCUCUCUGGGGUUUUGUUUCUUACUUCUAUGGUGAAAUUAAAGAGAGCCAGAAAAUGGAAAAGAAGCGGCGAGCAGCUGAAUUGAUGGAGCUGCCGUUAAAUCAGAUUGUAGCUUCGUGAACAUGUAUAUGUAACAUUGUAUUCUGCAUUGAGCUAUAGUGUACAUGGAUUGAUAAUGGUAUCUUAAUUUAAUUUUUACCCC